UGCGAACAAGGUGGUUGCACAGCGGUUGCGAGACCAUACAGACAAACACAUUUCCCGGAUCCCUUGGUUCCCCUGUGCAGCCCAUUGCUUGAGUCUCCUCCUGCGCGACAUCACGCGUUUCUCGUGGGUGCGCCCGAUCUUGAGGAACACACACAGGGUUGUGAUGUUCUUCAAGAACAUUCACAAGCCUUUCUCGUAUCAUCGGUCCUUCAAGGAGCAGGGGCAGCUGGAGCUGAUCCGACCAUGUGACACACGGUUCCAGUCAGCGUAUCAGAUGGUGGAGCGACUCAUCGAUCAGGAGAGGAUAUUGCGGAUGGUCGUGGGUAGUGUGAGAUGGCGGAGCACCCUUUGGAGGGGGAAGGCAGGGCAGGAUGAGCGCCAUGUUCGACAGCUUGUGUUAUCGGCGUCAUUUUGGGAUAGUGCGCACCGCGUGCAGGACGUCAUGAGGCCAGCUUAUAGCCUGUUGCGUUCCAUGGACACAGAUGGUUCUUCCUCCACCACCCUUUGGGUGUUUGUCGAGAGUAUCGAGACGAGUGUGCACGACAUAGGCCUACCAGAGGCAAACGAGACUGAGAUUAUGGAGAGGGUUGACUACCGUUGCGGCAUGAUGCGCCAGCCGGCGUAUGCGCUCGCAUACCUUGUUGACCCGCGACGGCGUGAUCCGCCAGAGCCAGCGGUAGGCGAUCCUUUAGAGGAGGUGUACGCCGAGGGCAUGUCGAUUCCUGAGGAGGUGGAGGCUGACAUGCGCACCUGGCACAAGGAGGGGGUUGAUCGUGCCAGUGCGCGCCUGUUGCAGGCGCAAGAUGAUUACGAUGUGGAGGAUGAGGAUGUCAUUUACGAUGCGGAUGACGUAUGGGCAUGGAAGGACAUGAUUGAGGAGAUUGCAGCCGUGGGGAAGGGGAAGGAGAAGGUGCACGAUGAACCGCUAGUGUCUCGUGUGUGGGACAGGUUGCAGUGCCAUAGCCACGGGCGCAGGGUCGACACGCACGCCUCAUAUGUCAGUACCGCCCCCCCGAGCACUCCGUUGUUUGGCAUGCCUCUCGAUGAUGGGGCAGCCAGACGACCUUCAGAGGGACCUAUCCUACAGACUGUAGCAGAGGAGCCGUGUCCCGAUGUUGGGGAGCACGAGGCAUCUCAUGACAGGGAGGAGGUGUGUCCCGGUGUUGACGAGCAGGAGGCAGCUCCCGACAUGGAGGAGAAGGACGAGGUUGCCAUGACCCAUGAGCAGCCUUGUCUCAUUUCAGAGGACAUGGGGACAGGUCAGACCGAGCAUGCCUCCCCUGCACCCACCAUCUCGGAGAUGACACCAGUUAUCGGGGAGGGCGUGAGAGGACGUGAGCCCGAUCAGCCGUGCGACAUGGAGACAGGUACAGAUGCAACUGCUGCACACCCACGACGAUUAUCAUCAUCCAGCAGCAGUGUGAUUGUACGUUCACACGAUGGCAGUGGUGGUUCGUCGAUGCCUCCACGUGCUCGGGGUCAUUCACAGCCUGUGCGCAGGGGAUCGGUCAAUUCAUCUACGAUUCCUCCACUCCCCGCCCGAGUGUCAUCGGUCAUUGUUGACAACACUGCAACAAGAGGGAAGAAGAGGAAGACCGAUGAUACAUGUGCGAUAGAGCAUUCACGAGCACAGAGACCUCCAAGGCGAGGUAGACCACACGGGUGCCCCCCAGGGGGUCGAUCUGGCAAGGGUAGAGGGAGGCAGGGUGUCGUUGGAACGACGGAGAGGCUGUUGGGAUCAUUGGGUGCCAUCGGUGUUGGUUCGCCAUCACCCAUAUCCGUGGACGAUGUGAGGACUCGAUCUCAUGAUGUUGUGGGGAAGAGGACGCAUGCUGAUGUUGAGGAUGAUGAUGGCACUGAUGAGCAGGCCAACAGUGACGGGUCUGAGAGCGAGUAUGAGGCAACACCACAGGCCUCAUGUGAUGAUGGCGACGAUGAGGAUGAUGACGACGGAGGGCAUGAUGAUGAUGAUGCCAUGGCAGAGGACGAUACACUGGUUGAUGGGUGCUGAUGUAUUUU